CUGAAAUAAUGGAGGACUGUCUUUUUUACCCGGACUGAUGAUGUCUGUAUUUCUACUCUACUACCUGUGACCUGAGGAAAAAACAAGUCGUCUGCAUUUCAGCGUGUCUCCUCAAAUAUGACCAUUUGACACUGUUCAUCGUCAAGUAGAGUCGGGGUCAUAUUAACAGUCCCAUGAUGACCACGGACACGCCAGCCCAAAGUGUGGGCUCCAAAAUAAUGACGUUCACCCCGUCCAAAGAGGAGUUCAAGGACUUCAGCAGAUACAUCGCCUAUAUGGAGUCGCAAGGAGCGCAUAAAGCUGGAAUGGCAAAAGUUAUUCCACCUAAAGGCUGGAAACCCAGACAGACAUAUGAUGAUAUAGACGACCUGGUGAUCCCUGCACCCAUUCAGCAGGUGGUGACUGGUCAGUCAGGCCUCUUCACGCAGUACAACAUCCAGAAGAAGCCAAUGACCGUCCAUGAGUUCCGCAAGACCUCCAACAUGGACAAGUUCUGUAAUCCUCGAUAUGUGGAUUUUGAGGAGCUGGAGAGGAAAUUCUGGAAGAAUCUUACCUUCAACCCUCCCCUUUAUGGUGCUGAUGUCAGUGGAACACUCUAUGAUCCAGAUGUUCCUGAGUGGAACAUCGGCCAUCUCAACACCAUUCUGGACACUGUGGAGAAUGAGAGUGGGAUUAAGAUCAAAGGAGUCAACACACCGUACCUCUACUUUGGGAUGUGGAAGAGCGCCUUCGCAUGGCACACUGAGGACAUGGAUCUGUACAGCAUCAACUACCUUCACUUUGGAGAGCCCAAGUCCUGGUAUGUUGUCCCCCCUGAGCAUGGAAAGAGACUUGAACGACUUGCGAAAGGUUUCUUUCCAGGGAAUGCUCAGAGCUGUGAGGCCUUCCUGCGCCACAAGAUGACUUUGAUUUCACCCUCCAUCCUCAAGAAAUAUGUCAUACCUUUUGAGAAGGUCACUCAGGAGGCUGGGCAGUUCAUUGUGACCUUCCCAUUUGGCUAUCAUGCUGGUUUUAACCACGGCUUCAACUGUGCUGAGUCCACCAACUUUGCCACCCAGCGGUGGAUUGAUUACGGCAAACAGGCAACACUGUGUUCGUGCCGUCAGGACAUGGUGAAGAUCUCCAUGGAUGUGUUUGUACGCAAGUUUCAGCCUGACCGCUACAAGCUGUGGAAGGCGGGAAAAGACAACACUCCUAUCGACCACUCCAAGCCCACACCUGAGGCUGCUGGCUUUCUGAAGGAAGACAAGACCGAGCCUUCAAAAGAGAGUCCCACUGAAACCAGUCCUGAGGAGCCCACAACUCCAGUCCAGGAGGAUAAAAGCCCAAAGCCUCAGACUGGGACAAAGCGUCAGCUCCAAGCUGUUGAAACCUCUGAAGACGUCAAACCUGACCUGACGGUGAAGGAGACGGAGGAGGUGGAGCCAAAGAAAGCCAAGCUGACCUGCAAUGAACCUCCAACUAAAGUCCCUGUCAAACAAGAUAAAGACACAGUGAAAGUCAAACCAGAGCCUAAGAAGGAGAAGGACACCAAGCCGCAGUCUAAAUCUCAUUCCAAAGCCAGCACCAAGAAAACUUCAAACAGACGAAGCCCGUCAAAAAAAGAGAAGAACGGCUUGUCGGUGGCAGACAUCUGUCCUCUAGAGCCUGUUGAAAGUCAGGUGGUGGCUCCCUGCUCUAAGGAGGCGGGCGGCAGCGAGGAGCCCGAGCUGGGCAGAAGCUGCAGCCCGGCACACAAACUGUUUCACAGGACGCUGAGCCCCGCCGACGUCCUGCAUGUCCACAGCUACGCCAAAGGAGACUACGGAGAGGGAGAGGCCCUGCUAAAGGAGGAGAAGAAGAACGAUGGCAGUGACAACGAGACGGAGAAAGUCAGCAGACAUGUUAGCAAAGCACAGAGAGCAGAGGAGCUGAGUGAAGAUGGAGAGCUGGAGCUGAAUGAUCUGGGACAGCUGCCAGGACACCACCCGCUCAUCAAGGACGGUAUGAGUGAUGAAGAGGCUCCAGAGGAGGCCCCCCCAGUGGAGGAGGGUGGUCUGGAAGGGGAGGGCUGGGCCAAACCUUUGGCUCACCUGUGGCAGAGCAGACCUCCAAACAUGAAGAAAGAGAGAGAGUACAACCAGCGCAUGGGCUCCAAACCUCCAUACUGCUCCAUCUGCUCGCUCUUCCACACAUACCAGCAGACUGAAUGCGGGAACGGUGCAGUCCCUCCUGUUAUGGUGGCGGGCGGGCGGAUGCGGACCAAGCCUCUGAUCCCAGAGAUGUGCUUCACCACCACCACAGAGGAGGAUUCAGAGUGUGAGGAGCAGCCUAUCACUCCUCACCUGGAGGAAGAUGGAACCAGCCUCCUCAUCACCUGCUCUCAGUGCAGCGUCCGGGUCCACACCAGCUGUUACGGUGUUGAUCCAGCCAGUGUGAGCAAGGAGUGGAAAUGUGCACGCUGCAAGGCCAACGCCAUGACGGAGAACUGCUGUUUGUGUUCACUGAGAGGUGGAGCCUUGCAGAAAGCCAACAACAACAAGUGGGUUCAUGUGCUGUGUGCGGUGGCUGUGCUGGAGGCUCGUUUUGUCAGCAUCACUGAAAGAAGUCCUGUGGAUUUAAGUGGAAUCCCUUUGCAGAGAUUUAAACUGAAAUGUUACUACUGUAAGAAGAGGAUGAAGAAGGCGUCAGGCUGCUGUGUGCAGUGCUCUCAUGGCCGCUGUCCCACUGCCUACCACCCCACCUGUGCCCAGGCUGCUGGGGUCCUCAUGCAGCCAGAUGAAUGGCCCUUUGUGGUGCAUGUGACCUGCUGUCGACACAAAGGCCCCACCCAGAUUGAGCGUAAUAAAGCAGCUAUGCACGAGCUGACUGUGGGACAGAAGGUGAUCUGCAAGCACAAGAAUGGUCGCUACUACCAGUGUGACGUGGUGCAGCUGUCCAAAGAGACCUUCUACGAAGUCAACUUUGACGACGGCUCUUUCAGUGACAAUCUCUUCCCUGAGGACAUCGUGAGUCGGGACUGUGCCCAGCUCGGACCUCCACCUCAGGGUGAAGUGGUUCAGGUGCGAUGGACAGAUGGCCUGGUGUAUGGGGCCAAGUUUGUGGCAGCUCAUGUCAUCCAAAUGUACCUGGUGGAAUUCGAGGAUGGGUCGCAGCUAACAGCCAAGAGAGAUGAUGUCUACAGUCUGGAUGAGGAGCUCCCAAAGAGAGUCAAAUCCAGACUGUCUAAAGCGUCAGACAUGAGAUUCGAUGGGAUCUUUGAAGAGAAGGAGAUCAUCCAGGAGUCAAAGAGACAAAGAGUGAUCAACUCGCGUUACAGGGGGGACUACAUAGAGCCUGUGAUUUACAGAGCCAUCAUGGAGUAGCCUCCUCACUCCCUGUCUGCUCACACACACGCCACCAGCACUGACAGACUGGAACUGUGCUCACUGUACCUUAACUUAGCAGCUAGCCACUGAGAGAGUGUAGCUCCAGAUGACUUCCUUCAGGACCAGCUUUGGACUGUUUUUCUUUUUCUUUUUCUUUGUCUCAUUCAUUCAUCUUUGAUAAGUCAAAUAGGAUUCUAUUUGCUUAGUUUGGCUGCAAUCAAGGAAACAGCAGUAUUUCCAUUUUAGUUUUGCAUAGGAUUCCACAGCACAGUGCAGUGUAGGCUGAUGUGCAGCCCUGGCAGUACAUAACAGUAGGAAGCAAUAUAAACAUGGCAUUUGUACUAUAAAGUAGCGUUUUGACUGUAGGGCACCAAUAAAAGAAGACAAAGCAGGUGUAAAACUAUUAUCUACAGUAAAGUUAACUCAACUGCUUUUAACUAAACAUUUCAAUCAACUCUGCCACUCUAAUGUUUACCUCAGUUCAAAGGAUAAUAUCAGCAUCAUUUUCUUUCUUUCCUGUUGCCGUUAGUGCCUAUGAUACAGAGCCCGCAGCUAUCACACACACACCUUCUGAUAAAGAUGUAGCCUCAUAUUUGAGGUCAUGUGUGAAUUCAAAUUGAGCAUCAAAUAACUGAAUCGAUACCCUUAAAUGAAUCCUAUUAUAUUCAUUUGUCCCGACAUACACCUUAUUUCAUUGAAUAAAUCAUUUCUGCCCAAAUGAUUCAUUAAAGAAUAGAAAGUUCUAUAUUUACCAAAAGUGUUACUUCUUAUACCAGCCAGACUUCUCUUAAGAGGCUAAAGUAGAGUUCUGCACAAGAUGAAAACUCAAACCCAAACCUGGUCUGUACGUGUGUCUUAAAGACCUGGCUGAAUCCAACCUGCAUAGAUUAGCCAGGAAGGGGGCAAAAUCUGAUCUUGGGGCCCCUCUUGGCAUAUAUUUUUGAAUAGGAAUAUACCUCAACCCUGUGUUGGAACUGAGUGAUGCAGAUUCCCUGACACAUUUGCAAAUUUGCAGUCAAAUUUCCAUAAAGUGAGCCUGGGGUUUUAGAGCCACCGGGGUCCCGCAGCCAUUGACAGCUUAGGCAGUUGGUGAUCUGGCAAUGCUGACUGCUACUGCCAAAUGUGAGACCCAAACCUGAUCCAAGACCUGAUGCUAUAUUUAGCUUUUUGUCUUAAAUGACUGACUGUUAUUGGCCAGGCUUAAUUGGCUUCACUUUCUCAUUCCCUCUUCCAUCUGUCUAUUUGUUACAUGAUGCAUGCAAUUGGAAAAGUAAAAGAGAAAUCACAUUUGAAAAGAACCAAACCCAAGCCUGAAGCUUUACACAACAAAACAGCUGGAACCAAAAGGGCCCCGAAAAGGUUCAGGUAACAGAACUCUUAGAGAACCUCACCAGUCACAAUUCCACUCAGCAGCUUUAUUUACAGGCUGAAAACUCCCAAAACUCUCACAAAACAGUAACACACAUGUAUUUUUCUUAGUGUUCACGAUGUUACCAUGUUUAGAAUCUACAGACAUAGUCAGAUAUUUUAUAGGCAUAUAUCAGAAAACUAAAUUGCACUGGUAUUAUCCUUUAAUUAAAGGAAUACUUCACCCAGAACGUUUGUUGGAUCAGCUACUGGACUCUGACAGCCUGGAAUGACACUCAGAAUGUUUGUACUGGUAAUCCUUCACUAAAAACACAAGUGGCAGCCUUUUCUUCACAGAAGGUUCUUUUUUAACAACAGGAAAAAAAGAAGCAGCAACACAGGUGUUUAGUGUUUUGGCCCAGGUGGGAGAAAUGCAUAAAAUGUGUUUUUGAGCAUUUUUCAACACAAGUGCAGGUACAAUACCUGAGUUUUCUUACUAAGACUGAACCAAUCCUUUUUUACUACUUACUACUUUUGAGUACAUUUUGUGUGUAGAAAGACAAGCCCUGAAAGAUGAUGAUUUAUCUUUAUUAUCAUUUU